AUGGAGCAAGAUGAGGUCCAGUACUACUAUGACUCGUCCGCGGACAAGUGGUGGUAUUUCGAUACUGAGCGGCAAUCGUGGCUGCCGUGGCAGGACGAGCAAGAGGGGGAAGCGCACGAAACCGCAGCCCCGGCAGCCGCUCACGACGAGAGCCGCGCCCCCGCUGAAGAGGCACAUGGUGCACACGCAGGGAAGGAACCAUCUGGUGUCGCCGGCAGCGUGAAGCACGAUGAGGAGGCUAUCGAGCAGACGCGCGAAGCUGAUGCCCCUUCCUACUCCGCUGCCGGAGGUGGACAGAUGCGAGCACGGCCGCACGGCGUGACGUUUUCUUCCGUCGAAGAUGAAGGCUCAGAGGCUGCGCGGAGCGACGAGAAGGGAAGAGACUAUUAUCAGCAGCAGGAAUCCGAUGGGGGGCUGCCUGAUGUUUCUGCACUCCCCGCCGGGGAGGACAUGGACAGCGGACAAAGAUUAAGGGACUACGUCGCCAAGGCGGAUGCCUCCGACCGUGUCCGCGACAUGCUUGCGAGGCUCACGAGUACAACCUCGCUGGAGGAGGCAAUAACAAACAUAGCCAAGAGUGGAAGUGGCCCGCUACAGGGGAGCGGCGGGAGCGGAGAGCUGGCUUUCACAAGCCAGGGAAGCGAGGAUGAUAAUGUGAAACGGGGGGCGGCAGGAGAAGGCGGAGAGGGAGGGCACGUUUCCGACGGAGGCGACGACGAUUCUGAAGACGAUGAGGACAUCCCAGAGGUCAAACACGAUUCCUUCGUUCGGCGCAGCACGAGAAUGCUGACUUUCAAAGACAAAGGAGGCCUCGCUGGAUGCUUAAAGGAAGCAGCGAAGCAACGCAAGUCACUUAUUGAAGAGGCAGGUGGUUUUGUCCCGGGCACGGAAGAGCAUCGGCAGGAAGAGUGGAAACGCAGAGCGCGGCAGCUUGCCUCUCAAACGCACGCCCGCGCGCAGCGGCGUUGGCUUGACGCCGCCCGUAUGGCCUCCGGCUCUGCUCCUAAAGAAGAGAACGAGAAAAUCACGAGUUUCUCGGCUCUUCUUGAACGCAUUCGAAAGAAACCAGAGGAUGACGGUGGCAGAGCGUCGGCUCUGGCGCAGCUGGCCUCCUCUCCACAUGUCUUGACGGUCCGCCCUCCGCCGCCGGGCGCUCUGGGCUCGGUAGACACUUCACUGCUAGCGUCGAACUUACUCAUGAAGCCCGAGCUGGAUCUGAGGGAACAGAGACGAAGGUCCAGUGGCUUUGCGGGUGGGCAACAAGGCUAUGUGCGAUUUGCGGACGCGACAUUCCGCGACCCGAACUACCAGCUACAGAUGCAAGAGCUCCUGUCACAGCAGGCGAAACGGAAGGACGCCGAGAAUGACGACGGAGGCUCAGGGUCCCCGCACGCGUCCUCAGAAGAUUCAAGAGAGUGA